GAGAGAGAGAGUUGAAGAGGGUUUCAGUAACUCGAAACUUUUCCACGCGAGUGAAAAAUUUCACACUAUGUGUUCAAUACAGUGACGUAGUGUAGUGUAGUUUAGCUUAGUUAAUUAGUGAUGAAGUUAGUUAGUGUAGUAGUGGCAUUUGUGCUAUUGUUGGCCACAUGUCAAGCUGCUGCAUGGAGCAAAGAGGAUUAUGAAAUCUUUAAAUUGAAUGAUAAGAUAGUGGAAGACUUGGGAGCAGGUUCAUCCUUCUACUCAUGGUUAGGAUUAGAAAAUGGUCCUAAGUCGACCCUUCAGGAGAUUACGAAGGCAUAUAGAAAGAAGUCGAGAUUAUUACAUCCUGAUAAGUUUUCAGGAAAGUCCCGGUCGGCUCAGAAACAUGCUGAAGAAAGAUUUCAGAGGUUAUCAUUAGUAGGUAAUAUCUUAAGAGAUCAGUCAUUAAAGAAGAGAUAUGACUAUUUCUUAUCUAAGGGAUUUCCUAAAUGGAAGGGUACGGGAUAUUUCUAUACUAAAUUCCGUCCUGGAUUGAUUUUAACAGCCUUUGGUUUAUAUUUAUUAAUAAGUGCAUUCCAAUUCAUAUCUCUUCGUAUCAAUAGAAAACAAGAUUACAAGAGAAUUCUUCAGAUGAAAGAGGUUAUAAAAUCACAAGCUUGGGGAGGUUCAAUCAUUCCUCCAGCAGAUGGAUCCGAUAGGAAACUCUAUCAAGAAGAGACUGGUAAAUCCUUUGUAGUGAAGGUAGAUGGCAGUGUAUGGAUAGUUGAUAGUGAAAACAAUGAUGCAUUAGUAGAGCUUGAUGAAUCUGAAAUUAAUGUCAAUCCUGGAUUCAAAGAGAGUUACUUAUUCAAGUUCCCAGCAUACUUAUGGAACCACAGUAUAGGUAGAAUUAGUUCCCUUGCUAUAGAUACACUGGUAGUAUAUCAUAAACCUGAUAGCAGCAAUAGCAAUAGCAGUGACACUAAGACCGAAUCUAAGACUAAAGCCAAGAAGAAAGUUCAAAGAGGUGAAAAGAAAGAACUUGCCAACGGUACGGUAGUGUACGCUCGACCAUCCAAGGGUAGAAAGUAAAGUAAAGUAAAGUAAAGUAAAGUAAAGUAA